AUGACACCGUGGGAACGCCGAGCGCUUCAAACAGAGGCGUUUCGGACGAACCUGUGCAUACGCACGUCUCGCAGACCCGAGCGACACACCGAGGGGAAAUACUCUGAAGCCGUAAAAAUGAAACGGAAUCACGAUUUUAGCUCGUCGGACAGCGAACUGGAUGAAACAAUUGAAGUGGAGAAAGAGAGUGCAGAUGAGAAUGGGAACAUAAGCUCUCCUCUCGGGUCCAUGUCUCCGACAACAUCAACUCAGGUGCAGGCGCGGAAAAGACGCAGAGGAAUCAUAGAAAAGCGGCGCAGGGACAGAAUAAACAACAGCUUGAGCGAGCUCCGCAGGUUGGUUCCCAGCGCCUAUGAGAAACAGGGUUCAGCCAAGCUUGAAAAAGCAGAAAUUCUGCAGAUGACUGUUGAUCACCUCAAGAUGCUUCAUGCUGCUGGAGGCAAAGGUUACUUUGAUGCCCAUGCCCUGGCGAUGGAUUACCGUGGUUUGGGUUUCAGGGAGUGCCUGGCUGAAACUGCCCGCUAUCUCAGCAUCAUUGAGGGCCUGGACAGCACAGACCCUCUGCGAAUCCGCCUCGUCUCUCAUCUGAACAACUACGCCAGUCAGAGAGAGGCUCACACCGGCCUGAGUCACCUGGCCUGGGGUUCUGCUUUUGGAUCCCCUCCUGCCCACAUUGCGCAUCCCAUUCUCCUCCAGCACCAACAGGGGGCUCCUUUGGCACCUCUACCCCGCAGCACCACCAGCAGCCCUCAUAAUCCUCUGUCGUCCACAUCUUCUUCAUCUCCCUCCUCCUCCACCUCGCCCACAUCCUCCUCGCUAGUCGCAGAAACUCAUGUGCCCGGCAGACGCAGUGACAGCGCCACCCCGCUCUCGGAUCCGGGUCCAAUCAGGAUCCCGUCCACCUCUUCUGCUCCCACCACCGUUCUGCACCCGGCCCUGGUUCCGUCGUCAGCAUCCAAGCUCUCUCCUCCUCUUCUCUCCUCACUUUCAGCUUUCCCCUUCGCCUUCAGCGCCUUCCCGAUCAUCUCCCCUACCACUGCCAUCAGUCCCCCGUCUCAGAGCGCCAGUGUGGGCAAACCCUACAGACCCUGGGGCAUGGAGAUAGGAGCUUUCUGACUCAAAUAGCACGACCUGCUUACACAGACUCGUUUCACUUCCCAGCUGAGCUGGACUCAAGGGCAAGACUUGAUGUUCCCUGCUAAGAAAGUGUUAUGUCUUUUCUAUUUUGAUGAUAUCCCACUGAGGAGAGUAAAAGGUUUAUACAUUUUGUUUUAUAUAUAUAUAUAAAUGAAUAAAAAUACAAGUUAACAUCAACAAAAGGGAUUUAUUGAGCUGAUUGAUCCCUCUUCAGUAGCUUCACCCUCUUGUUGUCAGCCAGUCAGAAAUGACUUUUUCAGAUGCUCAAUAGUUUCAUUGGUGAAAACAACCUCAUCCGCCCCCUUUGUUGUUUUCCUGAGUUGCCCUGGCCGCAGUGGGGAGGGACAGGGCUCCGAGUCAUGACAUAACCCCUUCCCCACCUCUCUUUUUACGACAAUUUAUGGGGUGUAAUAACUGAAACCAGGUGUCUGACUGAAUACUCCGGACUAAAGCUUGAACACCAGCCUGGCUCCAACUAAUCAUAUGCUGCACUGUUGCCCAAGCCGUCUUCCUAACUUAUGUUUCCGUUCUAUAGUGAAUUCUCACAUUUGCUUUUCUCUGAUGUAAACGAGGCUAGGUUCGUUCGCCAUAUCUCCAAGUUACUUACAUACUUUGUUUAGUAUUACAGCAUCGACAAUAAAUGUAUUAGAAAAACUCAACUCAGUUUCAAUGAAGCAUGACCACAUGAUUGUUCAGAAUGGCAUUUAGGAAUGUUUCUGCAUCAUCUUGCAUUGAUAUUUUGUGAAUUAAGAAUAUAGGUUUGUUUUUUUUUUUGUUUUUUUUCACCUUGUCUCCAGUUAUCUAUGUGGAUUUAUUUGCUGAUUGUUACAUUGUUGCCAAUGAUAAUUCUGAAGCCCUUUAAGUCAAAUCAGUUUCAAAGAAACAGGAUCGUGUAAUUGUUGAAACGGCUCGUGUUGUAGGCAUUUUUUGUGUGUGUCCUCACUUUCAGCCUGUAUGGUUUAUGGUUGUACAAAGCACAAACAGGCAAUAAAUUAGUUGUCAGUUUUCUAUUUCUGUUACUGCUGUCCAUGACAUGUUCCCUGCAAUAAACCAUUCAUUCUGGUA